GUUCAAACAACAGCAUCUUGAGACUUUGGCCGGCAACAAACUAAAUCAUUGAAGAGUUCUUUGUCUGCAUACUACUUUUCCAUCUUCUGAGCCUCAAUCAAACAUCAUGACUUCAAAGCCAAUGCCAGUUCCUCAAAUGGAGCCUGCAGCAAGCAGCGACGGACCUAAACCGAGCACCACAGUGCCCUCGACAACGAAGCCAGAUACUUCCAAUGCAGAGCCAAGCCAAACGAACAACGAUAUUGAGUCCGCGCCCGAAAACUAUUUCGCAACUUGGUACUUGAUCAACCUGGCAGCACUAGCAACAAUCGGCAGCCUCUCAGUGAGACCACCUCCCACCACCGGCACCGAAGAAGGCAAAGUCCUUCUCGCCGUCUUCGCCACGAUCUUGUUCUUCGUCUCCGGGCUCGGCGCGAUAUCACGGCGUACGAUGUCUGGCCGCGCACCGGUCACCAGCGUCUCCUCAGCAGUCUCCUGGGCGUCAUUGCCGCGCUCAUUCACGGGAUCACGGCCCCGAGCUGGACGGUUGGCGUCGGGCAGACUCUGGGAAGGGAAUUCUGCCUGCUGAGCGGCUUUCAUGUUGGAUUCUGGAUUGAGGGUGUGACUGGGCUCAUGGGGCUUGUUCUCGAGGCCCUUAAGAACUCGAGGGAGGAGCCACUGCCGAGGAAGGUUAUCACCGCUGGCGGGGAUGCCACCAAGGCUCAGCCUUCUUCUCCAUCCAGCGCGGCUCAAAAUUAGUGAGAUUUCAAGGUUGGACGGGCGUUUUUGGGGUCAUGCAAGGUUGGGACGCAGCGAGGCUGACUUCUUGAAAGAGGCCAUCACGGUUAAUCCGUAUAUUAUACUGACAUGCGGCUUUCUCCUGUAUCCCGCGCCUUGGAACAGGACGUCCUAUAUCUUAUUUUCUCCGCAACCCUUCCGGCGAGCACUGUAUAUACCAACAGGCCUUACUGCUCGUAAAUCACAGUCCACCAAAAUCACAUCACACCACUU